UAUAGUUAGAUUAAUGCAUUGCUGGAUGUGACUCUUCCACCAUGUGGCUUCUAAGGCUAAAGCACCAUGUGUCAAUUAAUAUUUGGACCCUGCUGCUUUUGGGUAGUUCUUGGUUGCCAUUGGCAAAAAGCACUACCAAAUCCUCCUCCCCUUUUAUGACUUUCCAGGUCACAGACUGGAGUUUGACACAUUUGGUGGUCCACAACAAAACCGGGGAAGUAUAUGUGGGUGCUGUCAACCGGAUCUAUAAGCUUGCAAAUAACCUGACAGAAAUGCGCACACAUGUGACGGGUCCAGUAGAUGACAAUGAGAAGUGUUACCCACCACCUAGUGUGCAGUCUUGCCCGCACGGCCUAGUCAGUACCAACAAUGUCAAUAAACUGCUGCUGGUAGAUUACUCUGGGAAUCGUCUGAUAGCCUGCGGCAGUGCUUCACAAGGUAUCUGCCAGUUCCUACGCUUGGACGAUCUCUUCAAGUUGGGCGAGCCGCAUCACCGUAAGGAACACUACCUCUCUAGUGUCAAUGAGUCAGGAACAAUGUCUGGUGUUAUAAUUGAAGUGCAGAAUGGACAAAACAAGCUUUUCAUUGGAACUCCCAUUGAUGGAAAGUCCGAGUAUUUCCCUACUCUGUCCAGCCGUAAACUGAUGGACAGUGAAGAGAAUGCAGAGAUGUUUGGCUUCGUUUAUCAAGAUGAAUUUGUCUCCUCCCAGCUCAAGAUCCCAUCAGAUACACUCUCCAAGUUUCCCACAUUUGAUAUCUAUUAUAUCUAUAGUUUCAGUAGUGAGCAAUUUGUCUAUUACCUAACACUGCAGCUGGACACCCAACUUACCUCACCCGACUCUACAGGAGAGCAGUUUUUCACCUCAAAAGUUGUCCGGCUAUGCGUGGAUGACCCCAAGUUCUAUUCAUAUGUGGAAUUUCCCAUUGGUUGUAUUCGAGAUGGCAUUGAAUAUCGCUUAAUUCAGGAUGCUUACCUCAGCAAGCCUGGAAAGGCCUUGGCCAAGCAACUGGGCAUUUCAGAACAGGAGGACAUUCUGUUCACAAUCUUCUCUCAGGGGCAGAAGAACAGAGUCAAACCACCAAAAGAAUCUGUCCUCUGCCUUUUCACAUUGAAGAAGAUCAAAGACAAGAUCAAGGAACGCAUCCAGUCUUGCUACCGUGGAGAAGGGAAGCUUUCUCUGCCCUGGCUUUUGAAUAAAGAAUUAGGUUGCAUAAAUUCACCCUUGCAAAUAGAUGACAAUUUCUGCGGGCAAGAUUUUAAUCAACCGUUGGGUGGAACUGUUACCAUUGAAGGUGUGCCACUGUUUGUGGACAAGGAAGAUGGCAUGACAUCUGUGGCUGCUUAUGACUACCAUGGACACACAGUUGUUUUUGCUGGUACACGAAGCGGCAGGAUAAAAAAGAUCUUGGUUGAUCCUACCAGUCCCAUUGGACAUUCAGCUUUGCAAUAUGAAAAUGUGGUAGCCCAUGAUGGCAGUCCAAUUUUGCGGGAUUUAGUGCUGAGCCCUGAUCUGCAAUAUCUUUAUGCCAUGAGUGAGAAACAGGUGACUCGUGUGCCAGUGGAAAGCUGUGAGCAGUAUGCAACAUGUGCACUGUGCCUGGGUUCUAGAGAUCCUCACUGUGGUUGGUGUGUCCUACAUAACAUCUGUUCUCGGAAGGAGCGUUGUGAUCGAGCCGAUGAACAUCGGCGUUUUGCCUCAGAUCUGCACCAGUGUGUUCAACUUACCGUUCAGCCUAAGAAUAUAUCAGUCACCAUGUCAGAAGUCCCGCUGGUUUUGCAAGCCUGGAAUGUUCCUGAUCUCCUGGCUGGUGUGAAUUGUUCCUUUGAAGAUUUCACUGAAUCUGAAAGCCGCAUUGAAGACGGCAGAAUCUACUGUAGUUCUCCAUCUACAAAAGAUGUCAUACCUAUUACCAGAGGACAAGGUGAUAAGCGAGUGGUAAAGCUCUAUCUUAAGUCCAAAGAGACAGGGAAGAAGUUUGCAUCUGUGGAUUUUGUAUUUUACAACUGUAGUGUUCACCAAUCGUAAGUAACCUAAAAU